UUUAUUUUAUCAAAUGGAUAAGAGUUGGAUAGACUACAAUUCUCUUAAUAAAGAGAAGUAUAUUAGAGGAGUUUUAAACUUUCUAGAUUUUGCAUUUGCGAAAUCGUCAAAGGAUGGAAAAAUUUUAUGCCCUUGUACCAAAUGUGUCAAUUGCAAGUGGCGCUCUCGGAUGAAUGUUUAUGAGCACAUUAUUAGUAAUGGAUUUCUAAAAGGAUAUGUUACUUGGAUCUUUCAUGGUGAACAAGUUGGCCCAUCUAGUUCUUUAGAUACAUCCCAAGUGGAAGGGGAGUUUGAUCAUGACAUGGAUACAUUGGUUCAUGAUGCAUUCACAAUGCAUGCAACUAAUGAGAGUAAUGACACAGAUAUAAAUAUGGAGGAUGGAGAUUCUAGAGAAUUUAUGAAUGGACCUAGUGUUCAACAAUCUGAAGACAAUAAUAAUUCAGAAAAGUUAUAUCAGAUGUUAAGGGAGGCAGAGCAAAGUCUUUAUAAAGGUUGUAAGAAGUUUACAAAAUUGUCAUUCCUUGUACAUUUGUAUCACUUAAAGUGUCUAAAUGGGUGGACUGAUAAAAGUUUUUCGAUGUUGUUAGAGCUGUUAAGUGAUGCAUUACCAGAGGAAAAUACUUUGCCCAAAUCAUUUUAUGAUACAAAGAAGAUUAUUUCAGGGUUGGGUCUAUCUUAUGAAAAAAUUCAUGUUUGUCCCAAUGAAUGCAUAUUGUAUAGGAAGGAUUUGGCUGAUGCUGAAAUUUGCCCUAAAUGCAAUUUGUCAAGAUGGAAAUAUAACUCUGAUGAUGUUGAAUGUAGAAAAAAGAUACCAGCAAAGAUUCUUCGUUGGUUCCCUCUUAUACCUAGAUUGCAAAGACUUUUUGUAUCACCAAAAACAGCUUGUUCUAUGAUAUGGCAUGAGGUUGGUCGAACUAAAGAUGGACUCCUGAGGCAUCCAGCUGAUUCAUUUGCUUGGAAGAAUUUUGAUUGUCAGUAUCCUGAUUUUGCUUGUGACGCUCGUAAUGUUCGACUAGGUUUGGCUACUGAUGGCUUUAAUCCUUUCAAAACUAUGGAAAUUUCCCAUAGCACUUGGCCUGUUAUCUUGAUUCCGUACAAUCUUCCUCCAUGGAUGUGUAUGAAGCAACCUAAUUUUAUACUUUCAUUGCUUAUUCCUGGUCCAAAAGGUCCAGGUAUGAACCUUGAUGUUUAUAUGCAGCCUCUUGUGGAAGAAUUAAAGGAAUUAUGGGAAAUUGGGGUAAAAACGUUUGAUGCAUGUAAAAAAGAGUCAUUCCAAAUGCGUGCUGCAAUUAUGUGGACUAUUAAUGAUUUUCCUGCUUAUGCAAAUUUGUCUGGUUGGAGCACUAGAGGCCAAUAUGCUUUUCCAUGUUGUGGUUUUGAGAUUGGCUCAAAGUGGUUGCGUUAUGGUAGAAAGUUUUGCUAUAUGUGUCAUCGUCGUUGGUUAGAGCCCGAUCAUAAGUGGAGAUACAAUAAAAGAGAUUUUGAUGGAACCCAGGAGUUUAGAGCUCCACCUGAUCUACCUAGUGGAGCUUUUUCUUUGAGACAGAUGGAAUAUCAUGGAGUUGGGGAUUGGUCACCAUGGAAAAAGAGAAGUAUUUUGUUCACAUUGCCUUAUUGGCAACAUAGUGUGCUCCGUCAUAAUCUUGAUGUUAUGCACAUAGAAAAGAAUGUGUGUGAUAACAUUAUUGGGAUGUUGUUACAAUUAGAAGGUAAGUCAAAGGACAAUGAUAAGGCACGCUAUGAUCUUGUUGAUAUGAAUAUUAGAAGCCAAUUACAUCCAAAGAUGCACCCAAGUAAAGGCAAACAAUAUUUUCCUAGAGCUUGUUACCAAAUGACUUCAAAAGAGAAAGAAACAUUUUUGGAAGUUCUCAAAACAAUAAAAGCUCCUGAUGAAUAUUUGUCUAAUAUUUCAAGAUGUGUGCAAGUGAAGGAACACAAAAUAUCCGGUCUCAAAAGUUAUGAUUGUCAUCUUUUAAUGCAAGAGUUUCUUCCUAUAGCUAUGAAAGGUUGUUUGCCAGACAAAGUGAGUUUAGCUAUAUCCGAUCUUUGUUGUUUCUUCAAGGAGUUGUGUGGCAAGGUGCUUAAUGAGAGUAAUUUAGAGCACCUAGAGCAUCAAGUAGCUCUAACAUUAUGCCAAUUAGAACAGAUUUUUCCUCCAUCUUUUUUCACCGUAAUGGUACAUUUGGUAAUCCAUUUGGCACAUGAAGCAAGAGUUGGAGGACCUGUACAUUACCGAUGGAUGUAUCCUAUUGAAAGGUUCCUUUUGACUCUAAAGUCAUUUGUUCGUAAUCGAGCACAUCCAGAAGGAUCUAUUGCAGAAGGAUAUUUAGCUCAUGAAUGCUUGAUAUUUUGUUCAAGAUAUCUUAUCUAG